AUGCACAGAGAUAUCAAGGGAUCUAACCUUCUUGUUAGUGAUGAUGGAGCUCUGAAGAUAGCUGAUUUUGGCCUGGAAAAUUUUGUUAGUGUCGGGCACAUUCAACCAUUAACUAGUCGAUUUGUUACUUUAUGGUAUCGGCCUCCUGAACUUUUGCUUGGAUCCACCUGUUAUGGGAAAUCUGUUGAUCUAUGGAGUGCUGAUCUCGGAAGCCGAGGAAGGACAAAAUUUGCUGGAGAAGGCAGUAAAGAAGUGCAGCAGAAGAUACAGGAAAGUAUGAGAGGCAGUGCUGCUGUUGUUGCAACAGAAGUGCAAUGCAGGGAAAGAGGUUCAGGUGAUGGCAGUGAUUGCAGGCCAGAGUAUAAGGAGAAACGAGGGUUUCCGCUACAGAUUAGUGAAAUUCAGUGA